AUGAGGUUGCAAGAUGAACUUGGCAGGAAUUACGCAUACAAAUACCACUAUGAUAGCGAUAUGGCAGCACCACUCAUUGCUAAAACCUCUCGACCAGUCAACGCGGCGGAAAAGUGCAACAUCUUUAUGGUAGAUCUCGAAGACUUACGUCUCUUAUUCACUGACGUAGAGAAUUUCCCCGAAUACGCAGUGUUCAAUGGCACUUUUCACUUAGGAAUGGAUUGCAGUGUUGACGAUAUAGCUUCACCUCCCGUUGUUCUAUACAGUGUUGAUGACUGGUCUCUAAUAAACAAGUUUACAGACACUCAUCUCAACAGCGAUGGCGGUAUAAACUGGUUGAGAAACUUCCAGAUCUAUAAUAACUUUAUCUUAAUUACUUACGUCAUGUUUGACCAGAUAUGGGAUAUAACCCAGAUUUGGAUGGAUAUUUGGGACGUUCAAGGAACGAAACGUGGCGAAAUCAUGGUUCCUGAACAAGGGUUUGCAGACGACCCAUUCCGUUCUAAGGACGGCAGUCACUAUUUGACGAUACUUAGCAACCCUUUGUUCGAAAGCGUCCCACAAACUGUCCAAACAUGGGACCUGGAACGGAUGGAGUUGACAUAUGAAUGCACCAUCACCCAAGAAGACAGGGAUAAAGAUCAUGGCUGCCAUGCAACAAAUGGCAUUGUGUAUAUUUGUAACAACUUGACGGAGAUUUCUGAGUACUGGGCUGUCGAUGGUAGACCCAUUUCCAGGAAAGUUACAGAGAUGGAAUUCAACUCGAAUCACUCGAGAAAGUUCUCAGAUGGUAGCAGGAUUGUAUGGGACAAGUGGCUUACACUGUACACGAAGGAGGGAGAUGUAGUGAAGCAGGUAAAAGGGUACUACCGCCUUGAAGCUGGCAUACUUUUUGACAGAUUCAUAUUUAGCAUGUCUUGGCGUGAGAAGUCGAAACAUGCUAUCUUUAUGGUUCAUUCCAAGACUGAAAAGAAAUUGGCAUGGAAUAGUUUAGAUGUGAGAGGGCGCUGCUUGAGAUGGUUCAUUAACAUUGGGGGACGCCUCGUUUUGAUCUGGGAUAUGAGCACAUGUAUGGAAAUUGUAGAUUUCCGUGGGCUUUUGUAA